AGAGAAUGGAAAAGCAGAAGCCCUUUACGUUGUUUGUACCACCGAGGUCAAGCAGCAGUCAGGUGUCUGCAGUGAAACCUCAGACCUUGGGAGGAGAGUCUCAUUUCUUCAAGAGUUUCAACAAAGAUUUUGAAGAUGACACUUGUUUUCCAUUUGCAGUGACUAAUCGCUCCAAAAAUGGGGGAAACAUUGAUUCAGAUGCUACUUUACAAAAAGUAAACUUUUUGCCCAUGUUGGAACAGGUUGAUAAUUCUGACAGUUGUCACUACCAGGAAGGAUUAAAAGACUCUGAUUUCGAGAAUUCAGAGCCAAUGAGCAGACUAUAUUCAAAAUUGUAUAAGGAGGCUGAAAAGAUUAAGAAGUGGAAAGUGAAUGUAGAAUCUGAACUGAAGCAGAAAGAAAAUAAGUUGCAAGAAAAUAGAAAGAUAAUUGAAGCACAGCGGAAAGCCAUUCAGGAACUACAGUUUGAAAAUGAAAAAGUAAGUUUGAAAUUAGAAGAAGGAAUUCAAGAAAAUAAAGAUUUAAUAAAAGAGAAUAAUGCUACAAGGCAUUUAUGCAAUUUGCUGAAAGAAACCUGUACCAGAUCUGCAGAAAAGACAAAAAAAUAUGAAUAUGAACGGGAGGAAACUAGGCAAGUUUAUGUGGAUCUAAAUAAUAACAUUGAGAAAAUGAUAACAGCUUUUGAGGAACUUCGUGUGCAAGCUGAGAAUUCCAGACUAGAAAUGCAUUUUAAAUUAAAGGAAGAUUAUGAAAAAAUCCAACACCUUGAAGAAGAAUACAAGAAGGAAGUAAAUGACAAGGAAAAACAGGUAUCACUGCUAUUGAUCCAAAACACUGAGAAAGACCAUAAAAUAAAAGAGUUAACAUUGCUGCUAGAGGAAUCCAGAGAUAAAGUUAAUCAAUUGGAAGAAAAAAUAAAGUUACAGAAUGAAAACUUAAAAGAAUCAAAUGAGAAGCAUGAUCAUAUAACAUCAGAACUAGAAGAUUGUAAAAUGUCUUUGCAAAGAAGUGUGAGUACUCAAAAGACUUUAGAGGAAGAUUUACAGAUAGCAGCAAAAAAAAUGUAUCAGCUCAUUGGAGAAAAAGAAGCUCAAAUGGAAGAAUUUAAUAAAACUAAAGCUGCUCAUUCAUUUGUAGUUACUGAACAUAAAACUACUAUCUGCAAUUUGAAAGAAUUAUUGACAACAGAACAUCAAAGAUUGGAAAAAAUGGAAGAUCAAUUGAAAAUACUUACCAUGGAGCUUCAGAAGAAAUCAAGUGAACUGGAAGAGAUGACUAAGCUUAACAAUAACAAAGAAGUAGAACUUGAAGAAUUGAAAAAAAUCUCGGCAGAAAACCAAAAGCUUUUAGAUGAAAAGAAACAAUUUGAGAAGAUGGCUGAAGAAUUAAAAGGAACAGAACAAGAACUAACUGGUCUUCUUGAAACCAAAGAGAAACAAGUACAUGAAUUGGAAAUACAGUUAACUGCCAUUGUGACAAGUGAACAACAUUAUUCAAAACAGGUUAAAGAACUGAAAACUGAGCUUGAAAAUGAGAAGCUUAAGAAUACUGAACUAACUGCAAACUGCAACAGGCUUUCACUGGAGAACAAAGAACUAGCACAAGAAACAAGUGAAAUGGCCUCAGAACUUAAUAAACAGCAAGAAGAUAUUAAUAAUAGCAAAAAGCAAGAAGAAAGGAUCUUGAAACAAAUAGAAAAUCUGGAAGAAACAGAAACGCAAUUAAGGAAUGAACUGGAAUCUGUGAGAGAAGAACUAAAGCAGAAAGGAGAUGAAGUUAAAUGUAAAUUGGACAAGAGUGAGGAAAAUUGUAACAAUUUAAAGAAACAAAUUGAAAUUAAAAGCAAGAAUAUUGAAGAACUCCAGCAGGAGAAUAAAGCCUUAAAAAAAAGGGGUACAGUGGAAAGCAAGCAACUGAAUGUUUAUGAGAUAAAGGUCAGUAAAUUAGAGUUAGAACUAGAAGGUGCCAAACAAAAAUUUAAAGAAACGACCGACAGCUAUCAAAAAGAUAUUGAGGACAAAAAGAAAACAGAAGAAAAUCUUUUGGGAGAGGUUGAGAAAGCAAAAGUAAUAGCUGAUGAAGCAGUAAGAUUGCAGAAAGAAAUUGAUAUACGAUGUCAACAUAAAAUAGCUGAAAUGGUAGCACUUAUGGAAAAACACAAGCACCAAUAUGAUAAAAUCAUUGAAGAAAGAGACUCAGAAUUAGGACUUUAUAAGAGCAGAGAACAAGAACAGUCAUCAAUGAAAGCAUCUUUGGAGCUUGAACUAUCCAAUCUCAAAAAUGAACUCUCAACCAUUAGGAAACAACUUGAAAUUGAAAGAGAAGAAAAAGAAAAACUCAAAAGAGAGGCAAAAGAAAACACAGUUACUCUCAAAGAAAAAAAUGACAAGAAAACACAGACAUCUUUAUUGGAAACACUUAAAACCAGUUAUCGGAAAUUUGAUCCUAAAGCAGCUUCUUCACAAAAUAUACCUCAAAACUUCACAUCAGCUGAUCAUAGCAAACCCAAAGAUAAAAGAGGCUAUCUGUGGACAUCUGGCAAAAGUACUUCAUCUACACCAUUACCAAAGGCAUAUACUGUGAAGACACCAACAAAACUAAAAAUUCAGCAAAGAGAAAACAAGAAUGCAACCAUUGAAGAAAGUACUAAAAAGAGAAAAAUGGUCUUUGAGUUUGAUAUUAAUUCGGAUAGUUCAGAAUCUGCUGAUCUUUUGACCAUGGUUUCAGAGGAAGAGACACUGAAAAAUCUAUGCAAGAAUAAUUAUUCAACUUCUCAUUUUUGUGUCAAAACACCAAAAAAGAACCCUUCACCUCUAACAACCCCUGGAUCCACGCCAAAGUUUGGAGCUAUGAGGAAAAUGCAGGAUGACCGUUGGGCUGUAAUUUCUAAAAUGGACAGGAGAAAAAAACUAAAGGAAGCAGGAAGGCUCUUUGUUUAAUUUCAGAAAAUCAGUGUGAUUAAGGAGGCUAAUGACAUAAAAUUUAUAGUUAAUUUUUUCUCACUUUAUAAAGAGCCAGACUUUUUCUGAAUUGAGACUUUUUGAUAUCUGCAUAAAUUAUUUAUGUUUUUUUUUUUUGUAUUUUGGUCUUAAAUGUGAAAUAACCACAUUAUCUGAAAAUUUGUAAUUGUAUUCAGAUAAUUAGAUAAUUUUGUUUUUACCUUCUCUUGUAUUCAUGAAAACUGUUUUGGCUAAGUUUUCAAAUUGUAAAGUUAUAGCUAUUGAAUGCUAGGAAUAGAUUAUUGAGAUUUACUCUUAAUUCUUUACUAUUAAAAUAUUUUGGAUGCAAA